AUGAAUAAUAAAGAGUUUACAAGUGAAUUAGAUUUAAAUAAUGAAUUUACACUUGAUUUUAGUAAAAAUGAAAAUAUAAACACUACAUUGAGAAGUGAUCUUAAUAAAGACUUUCAUCUUAGUUAUAUUGGAGAGAAAGUAGAAGAAGUUAAACCUAAAAAGAUCAGAUAUAAUGAAAAUGCUGCUAUGAAAGAACAUUUAAUGAGUGAAAAGGGACUUAAAUUUUUAGUUGAGGCAAGUAAAAAUAAAAAUGUAUCUGAUGUGAGUAUUUUAGAAAAAAUUGAUGCAUUAAUAGACUUUUAUGUAACUUGGGCAAACAAUUUUCCAGUUAAAAAGAAUAUAAAAAUGACUAAAUAUGAGUUUUUAAAAAGAAUAGAAAAUUUUAUUAAAGAAACUGAUUUUACUCAAAAUUGA